GGGGCGAAGGGGCGGGGCCGCAGGCGGACGCAAGUGCCGCUUCACUCUCGGGGGCGGACUCAGCGGCGGAAGUGGCGCCGCCGGCAGAUCUUCUUCCGCUCUUAGGCGCUACUGAGGCCGCGGAGCCGGACUGCGGUUGGGGCGGGAAGAGCCGGGGCCGUGGCUGACAUGGAGCAGCCCUGCCGCUGAGGCCCCGCCCUCCCCACCCUGAGGUGGGGGCCCACCAGGAUGAGCAAGCUGCCCUGGGAGCUGACUCGAGACUUGGAGCGCAGCCUGCCCGCCGUGGCCUCCCUGGGCUCCUCGCUGUCCCACAGCCAGAGCCUCUCCUCACACCUCCUUCCGCAGCCUGAGAAGCGAAGGGCCAUCUCUGAUGUCCGCCGCACCUUCUGUCUCUUCGUCACCUUCGACCUGCUGUUCAUCUCCCUGCUCUGGAUCAUCGAACUGAAUACCAACACAGGCAUCCGUAAGAACUUAGAGCAGGAGAUCAUCCAGUACAACUUUAAAACUUCCUUCUUCGACAUCUUCGUCCUGGCCUUCUUCCGCUUCUCUGGACUGCUCCUGGGCUAUGCCGUGCUGCGGCUCCGGCACUGGUGGGUGAUUGCGGUCACGACGCUGGUGUCCAGUGCAUUCCUUAUUGUCAAGGUCAUCCUCUCUGAGCUGCUCAGCAAAGGGGCAUUUGGCUACCUGCUCCCCAUCGUCUCCUUUGUCCUCGCCUGGUUGGAGACCUGGUUCCUUGACUUCAAAGUCCUACCCCAGGAAGCCGAAGAGGAGCGAUGGUAUCUUGCCGCCCAGGCUGCUGUUGCCCGUGGACCCCUGCUGUUCUCCGGUGCUCUGUCCGAGGGACAAUUCUAUUCACCCCCAGAAUCCUUUGCAGGGUCUGACAAUGAAUCAGAUGAAGAAGUUGCUGGGAAGAAAAGUUUCUCUGCUCAGGAGCGGGAGUACAUCCGCCAGGGGAAGGAGGCCACAGCAGUGGUGGACCAGAUCUUGGCCCAGGAAGAGAACUGGAAGUUUGAGAAGAAUAAUGAAUAUGGGGACACUGUGUACACCAUCGAAGUUCCCUUUCACGGCAAGACGUUUAUCCUGAAGACCUUCCUGCCCUGCCCUGCGGAGCUCGUGUACCAGGAGGUGAUCCUGCAGCCCGAGAGGAUGGUGCUGUGGAACAAAACAGUGACUGCCUGCCAGAUCCUGCAGCGAGUGGAAGACAACACCCUCAUCUCCUAUGACGUGUCUGCAGGGGCUGCGGGCGGCGUGGUCUCCCCAAGGGACUUCGUGAAUGUCCGGCGCAUUGAGCGGCGCAGGGACCGAUACUUGUCAUCAGGGAUCGCCACCAUACACAGUGCCAAGCCCCCGACGCACAAAUAUGUCCGGGGAGAGAAUGGCCCUGGGGGCUUCAUCGUGCUCAAGUCGGCCAGUAACCCCCGUGUCUGCACCUUUGUCUGGAUUCUUAAUACAGAUCUCAAGGGCCGCCUGCCCCGGUACCUCAUCCACCAGAGCCUCGCAGCCACCAUGUUUGAAUUUGCCUUUCACCUGCGACAGCGCAUCAGCGAGCUGGGGGCCCAGGCGUGACUGUGCCCCCUCCCACCCUGCAGGCCAGGGUCCUGUCGCCACCACUUCCAGAGCCAGAAAGGGUGCCAGCUGGGCUUGCGCUGCCCACAUAGGACCUGGCCCCAGGCUGUCACCCUCCACCAAGCCACGCAGUGCCUGGAGUAGACUGUCUGAGCAGGCUGUGGGGUGGAGCACUGGACUCCGGGGCCCCACUGGCUGGAGGAAGCGGGGUCUGGCCUGCUGAUGUUUACAUGGCGCCCUGCCUCCUGGAGGAGCAGAUUGCUGUCCCCCGCCUUGCCAGGGUAGGGUCUGGGCUGGGCACCUGACUUGGCUGGGGAGGCCCAGGGCCCUGGGCAGGGCAGGGCAGCCUGUCACCCGUGUGAAGAUGAAGGGGCUCUUCAUCUGCCUGCGCUCUCAUCGGUUUUUUUAGGAUUAUUAAAAGAGUCUGGGACCCUUGUUGGGGAGUGGGUGGCAGGUGGGGGUGGGCUGCUGGCCAUGGAUCUCUGCCUCUCCCAGGCUGUGCCCUCCUCCCGGGGCCUCCUGGGGGACCUUUGUAAUUUAAGCCAAUUAAAAACAUGAACUAAAAAAAAAA